AAAUUUUGUGCCAAUGAGAGAUCCUUUUACUUCAAGGAAUAAAAAUGGCAGCCUCCAUGAACCCAAUUGAUACUAAAGUUAUUUUGCAUGAAAUUUCAUGUCAAUUUUUUGAAAUGGUGCCGAUAAGGCGAAUAAAAUGGAGAACGGAGCUUAUUACAAGUGCACAGAUAGGUCCAGAGGAACAGAAGGCUGUCCUCAAUGCCACAGUUUUAAAUGAACUUUGCAAAAAAUAUCCUCCAUCAGUAUCUUACCAAAAAGCUUUCAUGAAGACACUACUUCACAAGUUAGAGGAAAGUGAGGUUGAAAUGUGUGAUGACAUCUACGAGGUUUACACAGACCUUUUACAACAGACUGAAGACGAAGAUGACAUCCUUUGCUACAAAACAUAUCAUCUGCCAAAUGGUGAAACAGUAAGCCUACAAGAAUCAAUACAUCUCAUAUCCCAAGGAACAACUGGACUGAACACAUGGCAGGCUGCCUUACACCUAGCAGAAUGGGCAUUUGAGAACAGCGGCUUGCUAGAAAAUAGGAAAGUUUUAGAACUUGGAAGUGGACUGGGAUUGACUGGUAUAGCUAUCUGUAAACAGUGUAAAUUAAGAUCGCUGACAUUUUCAGACUGUCAUCCACAAGUUUUAUACCUUUUGAUGGUAAAUCUAGAGAUCAAUUUUAAUUCUGAUCCCAAUUCUUGUGCAAUUAAAGCCAUCUUACCAGAAAAUCAGACUGUCACGUUAAAAAGACGUAAAAUGAUUCGAAGCAUCAGACGUCAGCUCAGUGUGAAACAAGAUAUAGGUAUGGAACAGUCAUCAGACAUUAUGGAAAUAAGUUGUACGUCCUCUGCCUCGGCAGACGACUUAGAGGAAGAAUCUGACGAUGAAUUAGACAUUGGUAUUUUUACACCAGAUGAGGAAUUCUGGGAAGAAGGAGACUACGCCGAAAGUUAUAAACUUUGUUGUGACAAUAGAAUUAGUCUUCUACAAUUAGACUGGAGUAAAGGCAGUCAUGAUUUUCUAGACAAACUAGCGCCAGAUAUAAUAUUAGCAGCAGAUGUUGUGUAUGAUAAGGAAGUGAUUCCAUCUUUAGUCAGAGUAUUGCUCAAAGUUCUGAAACCAAAGAAAAAUAAUGUACCUAUAGCUUAUAUUGCAUCUACAGUAAGAAAUGAAGACACAAGAGAUUUCUUUCUUAUAAAUCUUGCCAAUGAAGGAUUAGCCUAUGAGAUGGUAGAGCCGCCAAAAGAGAAGACAUUCCACUAUGAUGAUAUCAUUCCAAUAGAAAUACUCAGAAUUCAUUAUUCAGGGACAUAGAAAUAAGAAGAGGAAACUAAUAAAAGCUUGAGGCUAUUUUCAUUUCAAUGCAUUUUACCAUGUUUACAUUAGAAUGAUUAGAUCGAUUUUCCAAAGGUGAAUGGGCUGCUUAUAAAUGAUUCGUGGGCAGUAGGGUAAAUAUCAUGAUCUCUAAUCACAAACAUAUAUUUACCAAAUAAAAUUUUGAAGUGGUGGGUCAGAGAAAUUUUAUUCAUACUUUUUGUUUGCAAGUUAAGAUAUAAGUGCCUUGCAACCUCUUAUUUAUAAGUUCAAUUACUGGUCCCAUUAGACAGUUGUAGGCUUGAUUAAAGCCAGGUUUCAAACAUCUUCUCACACAUUCUGACAUUGCCAUUAUAUCUUCUCAGACAUGGUUAGGAGGCUCAUAAUGCCUGCUCAUAUCUUUAAGCCAUGAUACGAAAAUUACUGUUUUCGUAUAGGAUACUCACUCCUUAUGACUCUAGUUUAACACCAAAGUUUCACUUAAAAAAGGGAGGCACAAAGCAUCAUAAAUCCUUGGUAUUGGCGUGGAAAUAACUUAUUAAUAAGUCAUGUAAGCUAUUCAUACCCCUUUAUAGUGUUAUAUGCACAAGGGGCAUCAUUUGUCACAUACACACAUUCUCCAUUUAUUGUAACGUGUUAUAAUCUGUUUGAUUGUUAAAGACAUAAAAGUGGAUUUUGUUAUGUAUUAUUGUAAACAUAAUUUCUUCCCAGCGUAACCCGUUUAGGGGGACAUGAAAAUAACGGGUGCCCAUGCGUCGGUCCAUCUUUCUGGUCUUGUUAGCUCUCCCACAAGGUACAA